CGGCCUGGCCCCAUCUGCAGGCUACUGCUGGAAAUGCAGCGAAGAACGUUUAAUUGGCUGCAGCCACACUCCUGAGUUGUGGGAGCUUUUCUACGCAGUAUUAUUAGGGCCUGGUGUACUUGACCUGUUUUCAGGGCUGACCAGCAUGUAGCAACAGGAGCAAACUGUGAAUGUCGAAGGAGCUGAAGCAGCCACUGAGCCUCAGCAGCAGCUGGUAGUGUCCCUGCUCCUAGAAGAGUACCAGCUCAGUUACAUUGCACAGCUGGGAGCAUGGUGGCACUGAGCGUUCAUUGCACGGCUGAGAAUUUAUCAAACAUUCCCAUGGAACAAUGAGUGAAAGACAAUUCUUGAACAAAGAAAUUAACCAAUGGCUCUUAAGGAAGAGUACCAACCAAGGACCAAGCAAAUAUUUCACCAUCUACCUACAGUGUCAGAGAUGCCACACAGAGAACCCCUCCUCCACAUCUCUCCUACAGUGGAUAAUAACAUCAUAGGUGUUGGGCAGGAUGGACUGGUUUCCAUCUGGACCAGAAACUUAAAAUUGAAGAAAAGUCGGCUUAUACUUGAUGAAAACAAAGUAUUAAACAGAAAACUGAAAUGGAUUUCAGAUUCAACUUUAAUGCCUCAGUACAAUAAGCUGAUUAUUGGAACCUGUGACAGAGAGAUACGUCUAUAUGAACUUUCCAACUUUGAACCAUACUGUCAAAUCAUUGGCCUUGAAACAAUGCCUCUACACCUAGAUUACAGUGUUCGAGAGGAAGAUGAAUGCAUAAUAUUGUAUGGUGAUGAACAGGGCUGUGUUAACAUCAUCUUGAUCUCUUCUGUGGGAGAAACACUGAGGAAUUGGACAAAGUGUCCAGCUGUGGAGGAAAUCCCCAGUGUUUCCAUGGAGAACAUUAAUGACAGUAGAAAUAUCACCUUCAUUCGCUGGAAGGUUCAUAAUGAUUGGGUGACCAAGAUCAAAUACAUUCAUUCUAUAGAAUCCAUUAUAUCCAGUUCAAAUGAUGAUUAUACUUCACUAGUUAUAGGCUGUGUCAAUGAAACUAAAGAUGUGCAGCAUCGUUUGAGGAUUCUGAUGGACUCCAGCAGCAUUCCAACCAAGUGCUCUCUGCCAGGUGGGGCUUCCCCUCCAAGGCGCUUUAACUGUGAUGAAUCCCAAUUCAAAGUGCACAGAGGGGUCAAGGCCUUUGACUUCUGUAAAGAAAGUAACAUUCUUGUGACUGGCGGUUUGGACCGGAAUAUUCGUCUAUGGAAUCCUUAUGUUCCUGGAUGGGCUAUUGGCUUACUGCGUGGACAUACUUCCCCAAUUGGCUUCCUGUGUAUAGCUGAUGGCAACACAAAGCUCUUCUCAGUCUCCAUGGACAGCACUGUUAUGGUGUGGGACAUUGAAGACCAGUCCUGCCUCCUCACUGUGAUUCCCAAAGCCAGUCAGAUCAGAGGAGAGAUGGCAGUUUGUUACUUCUCAAAUGAACUGAGAGCUCUCUACCUUGCCGCAGAUUGCCUUGUUCUCCUACACUUCCAGCGGAAGGAAGACCGGCUAAGUAAUUCUUGUGUGUCCCAUAAUGAACCAAUCCUCUGCUGCCAGUAUAAUAAGCCAUUCCAGCAGGUGGUUAGUUGCUCGGAAGGAUCUGCUAUAAAAGUGUGGGAUCUUCAAAAUGGACAACUGGUUACUGAAGUCUAUGAAGCUCAUGGAGAUGCUGCUGUGACCUGCAUGGCCCUAGACACCAGUGGCAAGAGAUUGAUCACUGGUGGCAGAGAUGGAAGCCUGAAAAAAUGGGAUUGUAGCACCAUUCGUUAUAUCCAUACCCUUAAGCAAGCAGGCACUUCAAGUGAUGAAGUCACCGCCUGCACAUAUGCUGAUAUUUACAGCAACAGGUACAUCAUAUCUGUUGGUUGGGACCGGAAGAUCAAUAUUUUCCCUGAUCUUCAUAGUGAAGCAUCUGAAGGGCCAUGCCCACAAGUGGAUUGGAUUGACAGUGUGGAAAAUGGUCACAAAGACGAUGUAUUAUGUGUGUCCUUCUGCCCUCCGAAUCUCGUGGCCUCUUCCAGUUAUGAUGGUGAAAUUCUCAUAUGGAAUCUCAUCUCAGGACAUGUUUGUAGCCGCCUCAGUGCUGUAAGCCGGGCAGUAAUGGAGGAUGGGACAGAGGAUUUAAUCAUCAACAAAGUCACAUUUCUCCAGUCAAGGUCAGAAAGGAAGACAACAGCAGCUUCUUUAGUGUCAAGUGGACCCCGAGGUUAUAUUACAUUUUGGAAUAUAUUUGGAGGAGGGAAGCUAUUUGCUUAUUUCAUUGGAUCCAAGGACAAGUCUAUAAUCAGUGACAUGGCUGUCAGUGAUGAUGACUGCCUCCUGUGUGCAGCUGACCACAUAGGCUACAUCUAUAUUUGGAACAUCACAAAAUAUGCCCUUCAGGGACCAGAGGAGGAACCACCAGCUUUGCUUCUAAGUUGGAGAGCUCAUAGCUGCAGUGUUACAAGUGUUGCCUGGGUGAGUGAACACCAGCUGCUUCUCACCUCAUCUGUGGACUGCACAGUGAAGCUGUGGAGCAUAGAAGGGGAAUAUAUAGGUACAUUUGGUCAAAAAGAUCUGUGGAACAUCAAGGAUAAAAUGUCCUGGCAGAGAGGGCCUAAUCCAGACAGCCACACUACUCCAGCUGCACCUGCUAGGCAAGUGUCGGCAAUAAAACCAAGCUGUGCCACAGGAAGGGAAGAUGAGUCAAACAGUGCAGAGCCUGAAAGUCAAGUGGCUUCUCCUUUGAGUCUGAUAAAAGAUGAUGAAAUUGCAGAAGAACUGAAACAAAGGCAGAAAGCAAAGUCCGAGCACAGAGCACAUCAUUCUCAACUCAAAUCCAUUAAACACGAAACCAGAGCACUAACGACUUACCACUCUCUCCAGCUGUGUGAGUUAACGUGUUUGCCAGCCACCUUCCAUAAACUAAAUCCAAGGAGAUGUAAUGAUCCAGACAACCUGGCAUUCUAACAUGACUUUUGAGAGUGUUGGAGGCAGAUGCUACUCGCCUCCCAGUAUGGCAACAGAAAAAGGCAAGUUCUUCACAAAGCAUCACCCCUGGAUCUGGCUCAUUCUUUUAAAAUGACAAAUGUAAUUAUGGGAAUCUUAGGCUUUUAUGCAGUUAUUCAACUCUUGUUACUCACCUUCUCUUGACUCCAUGAGAAUUAUGGUCCAAUUAUUGGGCUGCCUUUCUUUAGCUUUCCUUCCUUUUAGGGAAAGUGACUGAGGUGGUUUUGGUGAAGCAGCUGUGGCCUUAGCAGGGAAUCUUGACUUCUUUUGCUUUAUUUAUGUCUAAAGCCAGGCUAGAAGGCAAAGCUAAGCAUUAGAUAUGUGGUGGUGGUGGUUGUUCUGUAAUGAUUGACUAAAAGCAGGUGACCACCUGCUUUUUUACCUCUAGAUCUGGGAGUUGCCUUGUGCUGCUAGUGAGCAUGAGCUAUAGGUGGCAGGGUUAAACAGAAUCCUACUGGAGUGGUUGUUCUCACUGCCUGGGAGGACACAGGGAAGUGUUUAGCCAAAUGUGCAUUUGCUCCAAGGGCAGCCUUAAGUGAAAUACUGCAGAGUCCUACUUUAUCACUCUUCAUACACAGCAUGUGAAGUCACUAGGAGAGAGGUGAGGUGCCUUGUGGUGGUACCAUCCCUAUACUGUCACAUCUCUCUAUAUUAUAUAUAUUUUUAAACUCAUAACUAAACCACGUACUCAACCCUCAACCAGAGCUUGCUCUGGAUUUAACUAGCUAAAAUCUCAAUCCCCUCAAGUGGUGGACCUAUCUGACCUUUCAGGCCUAAGGUCUUAAUGGAACCUCAGGUGCGUCUGGCUCUCCAAAUCCUAAUAGGAGCAAGUAUGCUUUCUCCCUUGGCAAGGACUAUAGCAGGGGUUGACAACCUUUCAGAAGUGGUGUGCUGAGUCUUCAU